AUGUGCCAGAUCGAGUCUUAUAGAUCAUCCACCUGCGGACACAAAUGGGUGACCAUCGUCAAGCGCUGCGGCAGCCCUGGAACAGGAUUCAACAAGGACAAUGCCGUCCACUCCUACACACGAGCACGUACAGGUCUUUUGGAACCGAAAUACCUCUCGGUUGCAGCGGGGGGUUGUCCAAACUGCGACAAGAGGGGAAACUAUGAUGCAAACGAGACUCGCAUGAUCCUUGGUCCCGACAACAUUGACGCCAGAGGCACACUGGGGAAUGGAUACUCCAUGACGGAUGGGUAUGGAAAUGUGUUGCCCGUAUCGUCUGGACGUCCUUCCCGACCGUAUGGUCACGGACAGCAUGCGGAGGGACUGGGACUUCUGGGCGUCGUCGACCGAGUCAUGGACCUGGACGUGGCCCUGGGGGAUGUAGCUUGA